AGUAUUUGAAUGUUCUUCCUGCUGAAGCUUUGCUGCCGGCCGGUUCAGAUCAGCUUUUUCAUCUGAAAGCAACGAGUCUAUCGGAUCCUUGAGGAACACCUUUCUAAUGUGGACAUUGCAGGACAAUCGCUCGCGAAUCCUAAGUGCAUAUGACCCCCACCUUCCAGCGCUCCGAGAACUGCAGCAGAGGAAGUUUCUCCUCGCUCCAGAGUGCUUGGAAUAUCUUGGUGGCAUCUUCUGUUACCAGUGACAACCUGUUGACACUAAGAGGUCUGGACAGGAUUUUCCGUCACGGCAGCCAUACCACCUAUUACAUCUCGAUUUUCUGUGACUUAUGCGCUCCGGUCUCUGCACGCCUGCAGAGGCAUUGGAGAUGCCUUCUACAGAGGCGGCGACCGAUGAAUGUGAGGAUGCGGAGCUCCGGUGCCGGGUAGCCGUGGAGGAGCUGAGUCCUGGAGGGCAACCUCGCAAGCGCCAGGCCCUGCGCGCCGCAGAGCUGAGCCUAGGUCGAAACGAACGACGUGAGUUAAUGCUGCGACUGCAGGCACCCGGACCCACGGGGCGGCCACGCUGUUUCCCGCUACGUGCCGUGCGCCUCUUCACCCGCUUCGCUGCGACUGGGCGCAGCACGUUGCGGCUCCCCGCCGAUGGCGUCCCUGGAGCUGGCUCAGUGCAACUGCUGCUUUCCGACUGUCCCCCGGAGCGCUUGCGCCGCUUCCUGCGCACGCUGCGCCUGAAGCUAGCGGUUGCCCCUGGGCCGGGACCCGCCUCAGCCCGCGCACAAUUGGUCGGCCCGCGGCCCCGAGACUUUGUCACCAUCAGUCCAGUGCAACCAGAGGAACUGCAGCGUGCUGCAGCCACCAAGGCUCCAGAUUCUGCGCUGGAAAAGCGGCCAAUGGAGUCCCAGACUAGUACGGAAGCUCCAAGGUGGCCUCUGCCUGUGAAGAAGCUGCGCAUGCCCUCCACCAAACCGAAGCUUUCUGAGGAGCAGGCCGCUGUACUGAGGAUGGUUCUGAAAGGCCAGAGCAUUUUCUUCACUGGGAGUGCAGGGACAGGAAAGUCCUACCUGCUGAAACACAUCCUGGGUUCCCUGCCCCCUACUGGUACUGUGGCCACUGCCAGCACUGGGGUGGCAGCCUGCCACAUUGGGGGCACCACCCUUCAUGCCUUUGCAGGCAUCGGCUCAGGCCAGGCUCCCCUGGCCCAGUGCAUAGCCCUGGCCCAUCGGCCAGGUGUGCGGCAGGGCUGGCUGAACUGCCAACGUUUGGUCAUUGACGAGAUCUCCAUGGUGGAGGCAGACUUCUUUGACAAGUUGGAAGCUGUGGCCAGAGCUGUUCGGCAACAGAAGAAGCCAUUUGGAGGGAUCCAGCUCAUCAUCUGUGGGGACUUCCUACAGUUGCCACCAGUGACCAAAGGCUCCCAGCAGCCUCGGUUCUGCUUUCAGGCCAAGAGCUGGAGGAGGUGUGUGCCGGUGAUUCUGGAGCUGACUGAGGUGUGGAGGCAAGCAGACCAGACCUUCAUCUCUCUACUGCAGGCUGUGAGGUUAGGCAGAUGUUCAGAUGAAGUGACCCGCCAGCUCAGGGCCACAGCUGCCCAUAAGGUGGGACGAGAUGGAAUUGUAGCCACAAGACUAUGUACCCAUCAGGAUGAUGUGGCCCUGACCAACGAGAAGUGGCUGAAGGCACUGCCAGGUGAUGUACACAGCUUUGAGGCUAUAGACAGUGACCCUGAGCUAAGCCGGACCCUGGAUGCUCAGUGCCCUGUUAGCCGUGUCCUUCAGUUAAAGCUGGGGGCUCAGGUCAUGCUGGUGAAGAACUUGGCAGUGUCUCGGGGCCUGGUGAACGGUGCCCGAGGGGUGGUAGUUGGGUUUGAGUCUGAAGGGAGAGGGCUCCCCCGGGUACGGUUCCUGUGUGGUAUCACUGAGGUCAUCCGCACUGACCGCUGGACAGUACAGGUCACUGGGGGACAGUACCUCAGCCGGCAGCAGCUUCCCCUACAGCUGGCCUGGGCCAUAUCCAUCCACAAAAGCCAGGGCAUGUCUCUGGACUGUGUGGAGAUCUCUCUGGGCCGUGUGUUUGCCAAUGGUCAAGCCUAUGUGGCCCUCUCCCGGGCCCGUAGCCUCCAGGGUCUACGUGUGCUGGACUUUGACCCCACGGUGGUUCGAUGUGACUCCCGAGUGCUGCAUUUCUAUGCCACCCUGCGGCAGGGCAGGAGCCUCCAUCUGGAGUCCCAAGACGAUGAGGAGGCAAACUCAGAUCUGGAGAACAUGGACCCAAACCUCUGACCUCAGCUGAAAGAGAAGACAAGCUUUUAGCUUUUUUUCCUGGGUCAAGGCCCUAGGAAUUAACUGGGAAGAGGCCUGCCUUUCUUCCCUCAUUCAGCCUCUGGUAGGGGUAAGGGACACAGUUUCCCAUCUACUUAACUAGCAUUGCCUCAGUUUCACCUAUUUCCCUGGGGAAAUGACUUCCAGGGUUCGAAGCUAGCAAUGGUGAUGGUUACCAGCGGACAAAGCUCUCUGCCAAGGGUGGAACACACAGCCACAGAGUUCUUUGCAGGCUGGAGAGGCAGUGCGGGCAGGUGCUGCACUCAGCAGCAGCAGCAGGAGCAGCCUGUCUUAUUACACUGCAUUUAUUUAUUUUGUGUGCUUGUGCACACACAGCACAUUGUACAUGUGAAGGUCAGAGGACAACUCGAGGAAGUUGGUUUUUUCUUUCCCCAAGUGUGUUCUGGGGGUUAAAUUCGGGUCACAGGGCUUGGUAGCAGGCACUUAUACCCGAUGAGCAAUCUUGCUACCAGGGUCAGUCCUAAUUUUCUUUGCGUUAUUAUAACAAAAUAUAUAAGGCUGAGUUCUUUAUGAAAAAAUGAUUUAUUUUUAAUUAAUAGACGCUCACAGUUCUAGAAGAUGAAGAACACGGAACCAGCCCAGUCUCAGCUUUGUUGGGGUUUGACGGUAGCCGGCACCGCAUGGCGAGGACACUUGCAGGCAGGAUCAUGUGAGACAGGCAACAGAAGAUAGUGAUGCUGGGGACGAGUAUUAAUCCGUCCAUGAGGACAGGAUCCCCUUGCUUUAGUUACCUCCCAUGCAAUCCAUCUCUGAAGGGUUACAUCAUCUUAACACUGCUGCACUAGGGACUAAGCUUCCAGUACAUAAACCUAUAAGGAAAACCAUCCAAACUAUGGCAGGAGCCUAGAGGGGAUUCAGGCCAGACACAAGCCCAAGAUAGAAGUUUAAUUACCUUCACAGCUGUGCUCAGCCUAGCACAGCCCCAAGUAAACAUCAUUCAGGCCCGACUGAGAACAGACGCUGCUGCAAAAUGUGCUGGGUGUAGGGGAGAGGCCAUGUUUAGGAUACUGAGAUGGAUGUUUUCCGUUGUAUUUAUUUAAGCCAAAUAAAACUGUGAACUGUGUAA